AUGGCACCCCCUUCCUCGCGAGCCGAAGUCCUCUCCCAUCUCAGGAACCAGAUUAAGAAUGGCAGACCAAUAGUCGGAGCAGGGGCAGGCAUAGGGUUGUCGGCCAAGUUCAUCGAGGCAGGCGGCGGCGAUCUGAUCAUCAUCUACAACUCGGGUCGCUUUCGAAUGGCCGGGAGGGGUUCGCUUGCUGGCCUCAUGCCGUACGGAGAUGCCAACGCCGUCGUCGUCGACAUGGCAAGGGAGGUUCUUCCGGUCGUCAACAAAACCGGAGUUCUUGCUGGUGUCUGUGCGUCGGACCCAUUUCGCAUAAUCCCCUCAUUCCUUCAAGAACUGAAAAACAUGGGAUUCUGCGGUGUCCAGAACUUCCCCACCGUCGGUCUCAUCGACGGGAGCUUCCGAGCAAAUCUCGAGGAAACGGGAAUGGGUUUCGACAAGGAAGUCGCCAUGGUUGCAGAAGCUCGCAAACUUGACCUCCUAACCACGCCAUAUGCCUUUAACGUCAAAGAAGCUGAACAAAUGACCGAGGCCGGCGCAGACGUGUUGGUGUGUCACAUGGGUUUGACAACCUCGGGAAGCAUAGGCGCAAAGACGGGGAAGACUCUGGACGAAUGUGUCCAGUUGAUUCAGGAGAUGAGAGAUGCUGCGACUAAGAUCAACCCCGAGAUCAUCAUCCUCUGUCACGGCGGGCCCAUUGCUGAACCCAAGGAUGCUGGUUAUGUGCUCAGUCGUGUCAAGGGAAUUCACGGCUUCUAUGGUGCAAGUAGCAUGGAGAGAUUGCCAGUGGAAAUGGCCAUCACGAACACGACCAAGGAAUUCAAAAGUUUGGAGAUGAGACAGUAA